AUGGCGAGGUUGACAAAUGCAAAGCCUGGCUGGUGGCAAAAGGGUAAAAUUCUGAUUGUUAGCCUAUAUGUUGAUGAUUUAAUUUUCACCGGCAAUGAUGAAAGUAUGUUUGUUAAGUUCAAGAAUUCUAUGAAACUUGAGUUUGAUAUGACUGAUUUGGGAAGGAUGAAAUAUUUUCUUGGUGUGGACUUGCUACAAAAUCCUGAAGGCAUCUAUAUUAGCCAAAGAAAGUAUGCAAAGGAUGUUUUGGAGAAGUUUGGUAUGGAGAAGAGUAACAAUGUGAAAAAUCUCAUUGUUCCUGGUGUUAAACUUACAAAGGAUGAAGAAGGAUCCAAAGUGAAUGCUACCAUGUACAAACAAUUAGUUGGAAGUCUUAUGUAUCUAACUGUUACAAGACCAGAUUUGAUGUAUGUGGUGUCUCUCAUUAGUAGAUUUAUGAUAAGUCCAACGGAGUUACAUUUGCAAGCUGUGAAAAGGGUACUAAGAUACUUAAAAGGAACUGUGGAUUUGGGAGUCUUCUACCAAAAUGAGGGUAAUGGAGAGCUAAUGGCAUAUACAGACAGUGUUUAUGUAGGAGAUACAAAUGACAGGAAAAGCACUUCUGGUUACGUGUUUUUGCUUAGUGGAGGGGAUGUGUCAUGGUCUUUAAAAAAGCAGCCUGUAGUUGCUUUGCCCACUACUGAAGCAGAAUUUGUAGCAGUUGCCUCGUGUGUUUGUCAAGGGGUUUGGAUGAGGAGGGUAUUGGAGAAACUCGUGUUAUUUUCAAGGCAAGUGUAUCACCGUAUUAUGUGA